AUGGACAGUCUGCGCGGGAUGAAGCAGAAACUAUUCGCUCUUCUCUCCUACACCAGCACUUUUAUCUACAACGACAAAAUGCACGAAUUCAAGCGGGAACUCUUUCGUGACCUCCCCCGGUUUCAGAGCGACGACGGCCCGCUGCGCCUGCUGGAGAUCGGAUGCGGGAGUGGGGCAAACUUCCAGUACUACCCGGGGGGCUGCGUGGUGGUCUGCAGCGACCCCAACGCGCACUUCGAGGAGUAUUUACGCAGGAGCAUGGAGGAGAGCGCGCACCUGAGCUACGGCCCGGUGCUGGUGGAGUCUGCGGAGAGGCUGGGGCCGGUCCAGGACGCCUCCGUGGACGUGGUGGUCAGUACGCUGGUGUUGUGCUCCGUGCGUGACGUGCGUAAAGUGCUGCUGGAGGUGCGACGCGUGCUCCGGCCUGGAGGGGCCCUGUUCUUCCUGGAGCAUGUGGUCUCCUCACAGGGGUCCUGGCUGUACUGGCUGCAGGUGCUGGUGGAUCCUCUCUGGUCACGGUUGGGGGAUGGAUGUCAUGUGACCCGGGACACGGGCACCGAGCUGCAGAGCGCGGGCUUCUCCCACCUCCAACUGAAGAACCUCAGCGAGCCCAAACUGUCAGCGGUCAUUAGGCCUCACAUCAUGGGCUUCUGCAUCAAGUGA